UUCAGCCUCAUGCCCUUUAUUUUUCAUGCACUUUAUUCUCAGUGAUUUGAGGUAAAGGAUGUUUUAAAGCCGGUUUUCUGGAGGAGUGAGGCCUCUUCAGGAGCGGAGAGGAUCUUCGGCUGCUGCAGGUUCAUUUCUGACAAACAGCAGAGAGACAGAGAGAGAGAAAGACAGGCAGAGAGAUAGAGAGAGAGAGAAAGACUGACUGACAGCAUCAGAGCCUCCACAGUUGCAGUUUCCAGCGGAUUAUUUAUUUCUCUGCAGUUUCUGCGAUGAAGGAGCAGAGCUUUGAGGACGAGGUGAUGAGGAUCCUCGAGGAAACCCCGAGCGCCAGGAAGGCUCUGCUGGAGAACCAUGAGAACCUGCUGAGGGUGGCCGACUACUGCUGCAGCAACUACCUGCAGUCAGGUGACGGCAGCCUGAAGGCAUUGGAGGAAACAAAGAACUUCACCACCCAAUCGCUGGCGAGCGUGGCCUAUCAGAUCAGCUCAUUGGCUGGCAGUGUGCUGAGUCUGCUCGACGCUCAGACCAAUCAGCUGCGGCACAUGGAGUCCUCCAUCAACCUCAUUGGUCAGACGGUGGAGAUGCACAAAGAGAAAGUUUCCCGCAGAGAGAUCGGCGUCUUCACGGCGGCGAGGAGAGUCCCGCGCUGUCACAAGAUCCUGCCGCCGCUACUGGCUGCUGGAUCAAAGCCCCGCCCCCCCUACAGCCGCCGGCCAAUCAGCUACCAGCAGCUGGACGGGAUCGGCCACGGCAUUAAGGUCUCUGGGAAACAGGCGGAGCGAGCAGCGCUGAGCCGGUCCUCCAGCAGGUCCAGCAAAGCCCCGGUGCAGUGCCCUGUGGCGCCCCCUGUCAGCGGCUCCAGUUUUGGGAGGCCUGUAGCUCCGCCCACCCUCCCCGCCCCCCCGGCCCCUCCGGAGAGUGACAUCAUCAACAAGCUGCUGGACGACGCCCCGCCUCCUCCUCCGGCAGCCAAUCAGAUGUCAGUUCAGGAAGAUGAGGUCACUCUUACCACGCCCCCUCCUCCUCCUCCUCCUCCCCCUCCUUCAGGAGAUCCGACCAAUCACAGUGCUCCACCGCCGGCCCCGCCCCUCUGCCUGGAGACAGUGGUGGAAGAGGGCAUCUUCCCCGCCCCCUCUCCCCCCCCUCCCCCCUCCGAGGAUGACGGCUUCCCCCCGCUGACCAAUGAUGGCUCAGAGCUGCCAGCCCCGCCCCCCCCACCCAACCAGGAACUAGAUGUGACGCUCCCUUCCAAUAGGAGGCGCCCUCGCUCGCCCCCUCGCUCUGUCUCUCUGAGGGUCCGCUCAGGCCCCGCCUCCCGCUGCCGCUUCACACGCUCUCUCUUCCUGCCUGCUGUCCAAUCACUGAUGAUCCCGCCCCCUCCUGCCUACCCUCCCCCCCCAUGCUCCUCCCUCCCCCCCCCUCCCCCCGCACCCUGCUGCCCCCCCCCCUCCUCAGCUCGACUCUGCUUACCUGCUCGACUUCAACACCUGGAUUUAGAGCUGCCGGCCAUGCCCCCUACUCUCUUAUUGGACGAUCAGGGUUUUUUUGAUGACAUCAUGCCACCCCUCCCUCCACCAGUGGACUACGACACCGACGCCCCCCCGAUAUACCUGGAGAAAGUGGAGGCGCUGUACAACUACGACGCCUCCAAACCCGACGACCUGUCACUCAGCGAGGGCGACAUCAUCUACCUGACACAUCGCCAUGACGACGGCUGGUGUGAGGGUUAUCUCCGCGGCAACAGCGGCUUCUUCCCCCAAAACUACGUCCAAUCAUGUGGCUAGACUGAAGCCCCGCCCCCUCCCAGUGGCCACGGGGACCAAUCCGUGUUGACUAGUCAAUGUACUGAGUUACUAAUAACCAGCCUGAGUUUGAAGUUCCUAUAUAUUUAAUAAUUCACAACAAACUAAGAUUAAUAUUUAAAAUGUAGUUUAAACUGGUUCAUGGUUUGAAAAUAAUACAAAUUAUAAAUACAUGUUUAUGAUCGAGUCUACGAGUCAUUUAUUUUAUAUAUUCAUAUUCAUCUUGAUUGUAUUUAAAUCAACUUAUAUUCAGAAGAAAUGACACAUUUAUUUUAAAUGUUGUAAAUUCACUUUAAAUUAGAAAUCAUAAAUUAAACAUGAGUUAUAGAUUUUAGUUCUUCUGUUGAAUUCUCAUUAAUUUAUCACCAACACAUGUUUAGCAAUAAAGAUGUAAUUAUUUUAUGUUAAGAAUUAAAUUAAAUGUAUGGAGACAUUUAGGAAUUAUUAUUUCUAAAAUAAAUAUUUCUAGUUAUAAAUAUAUUUCUUUGUUAGCAAAUCAAACUGAGUUUUAGUAUUAAAUAUUACAUUUGAAUUACAAUGUAUUUAGAGGUUCUAUUUAACGUGUCUCUGCUGCCCCCGGAGGCCAUCACUCAAACUACAGACCCACUGUUUAAUAAUAAUAAUCUGAGAUAUUUUAAUCAGAGAUGAUCGCAGUGUUUCUGGAUGUAUUGAUUAUCAAUAAACACGUGGAAUAUGAUCUGA